AUGUAUGCGCGUUUUAGCUGCGUGUUUAACCGUUGGUUGCCGAAAUGCGGGAUUUACUUCCCAGGGAUGGAGAAGCCCGAGUCCACCAGGGACGAGAACAACGCGGAUUUAAAGGACAGGCAUCCGAAUAGCCUUAACCAACAUGCCCAAGUGGUGUCGGACGACGUAAUCGGCGAACCGGAAGGAAUACACAGCGCCGAGAACGGGUGGCGCGUCAGCCGGCAGUGUUUCCGGUUAUCCACGGGAUGCUGUUACGCGUUUCUCUCGAUUAUCGUCCCCCCGAUGUUUGCCGUUUGCCUAGGCUUUUUGUACGCUUGCCUCGAAUUUCUGCAUAUAUGGUGCGUAGCGCCUUGCCUCCGUGUCUGGAAAAUAACCUGCGCAGCGACCAGAAACAUCCUCGUUGCUUUGGCGCAGGCCAUCUUGCGAACCUUGACGGACUCCAUCGGCUACUUGUUUCGCAAUAUUCGAGUGUACAAUCGAAGACUACCGAACGUCCCUGCUGGGAGAGACUACCUUCUGCUGGUUUAA